CGUCAUAUCCUGCGGUGAGAUGACGCCACUUCCUGCCGUGCGAGGUUGCUUAAGAGACCCCGUGGCCGAGACUCGUUCUCUUCCCCGGAUCCACUCUGCGAAAUGGCGGACAUUCAGACUGAGCGAGCUUACCAAAAGCAGCCCACCGUCUUCCAGAACAAGAAGCGGGCGCUUGUGGCUGAAGGCAGCAAAGAAAAGCUCCCCCGCUACUAUCGUAAUGUAGGCCUGGGUUUCAAGACUCCACGAGAGGCCAUCGAUGGGACCUACAUUGACAAGAAGUGUCCAUUCACCGGGAACGUGUCGAUCCGGGGGCGGAUCCUGACAGGUGUUGUGACUAAGAUGAAGAUGCAGCGGACCAUUGUAAUUCGCAGAGACUACUUGCACUACAUCAGGAAGUACAAUCGCUUUGAGAAGCGACAUAAGAACAUGUCUGUCCACCUAUCACCCUGCUUCAGGGAUGUACAGAAUGGGGACAGUGUGACUGUGGGGGAGUGUCGGCCUCUCAGUAAGACUGUACGUUUCAAUGUCCUCAAGGUCACUAAAGCCGCAGGAGCCAAGAAACAGUUCCAGAAAUUUUGAAUAUGUUUGUAAAGUAAAUCAGCUACAAUAAAGCUUUUGCGAACAGA